CCUCGCCUAGCUCUGGCAGCCUCAGCCUCAGCACCAGCCGCGCCGGAGCCAGGAGCGCAGCCACUGAGGGCAGCGGCGGCGGCGGGAGCCAGGCGCGCAGCAAGGACCGGCGCGGGCGGGAAGCAGCAGCAGCCGCCGCCGCCGCCGCCGCGACGGGCAGCUAGGCUCGCCGGCAGCCGGCUCGGGCCCCUACCCUCUCGGCUACGUGUCCCCGGCGCCGGGCGGCCGGCGAGUCUGGAGCCCGCGCCGUCGCCGGCCGCGUCCUCCGGGCAUGGAAGGAGGUGGCAAGCCCAACUCUUCGUCUAACAGCCGGGACGAUGGCAACAGCGUCUUCCCCGCCAAGGCGUCCGCGACGGGCGCGGGGCCGGCCGCGGCCGAGAAACGCUUGGGCACCCCGCCGGGGGGCGGCGGGGCCGGCGCGAAGGAGCACGGCAACUCCGUGUGCUUCAAGGUGGACGGCGGCGGCGGAGGCGGCGGCGAGGAGCCGGCUGGGGGCUUUGAGGACGCCGAGGGGCCCCGGCGGCAGUACGGCUUCAUGCAGAGGCAGUUCACCUCCAUGCUGCAACCCGGAGUCAACAAAUUCUCCCUCCGCAUGUUUGGGAGCCAGAAGGCGGUGGAAAAGGAGCAGGAAAGGGUUAAAACUGCAGGCUUCUGGAUUAUCCACCCUUACAGUGAUUUCAGGUUUUAUUGGGAUUUAAUAAUGCUUAUAAUGAUGGUUGGAAAUCUAGUCAUCAUACCAGUUGGAAUCACAUUCUUUACAGAGCAAACAACAACACCAUGGAUUAUUUUCAAUGUGGCAUCAGAUACAGUUUUCCUACUGGACCUGAUCAUGAAUUUUAGGACUGGAACUGUCAACGAAGACAGUUCUGAAAUCAUCCUGGACCCCAAAGUGAUCAAGAUGAAUUAUUUAAAAAGCUGGUUUGUGGUUGACUUCAUCUCAUCCAUCCCAGUGGAUUAUAUCUUUCUUAUUGUAGAAAAAGGAAUGGAUUCAGAAGUUUACAAGACAGCCAGGGCACUUCGCAUUGUGAGGUUUACAAAAAUUCUCAGUCUCUUGCGUUUAUUACGACUUUCAAGGUUAAUUAGAUACAUACAUCAAUGGGAAGAGAUAUUCCACAUGACGUAUGAUCUUGCCAGUGCAGUGGUGAGAAUUUUUAAUCUCAUCGGCAUGAUGCUGCUCCUGUGUCACUGGGAUGGUUGUCUUCAGUUCUUAGUACCACUACUGCAGGACUUCCCACCAGAUUGCUGGGUGUCUUUAAAUGAAAUGGUUAAUGAUUCUUGGGGAAAGCAGUAUUCAUACGCACUCUUCAAAGCUAUGAGUCACAUGCUGUGCAUUGGGUAUGGAGCCCAAGCCCCAGUCAGCAUGUCUGACCUCUGGAUUACCAUGCUGAGCAUGAUCGUCGGGGCCACCUGCUAUGCCAUGUUUGUCGGCCAUGCCACUGCUUUAAUCCAGUCUCUGGAUUCUUCGAGGCGGCAGUAUCAAGAGAAGUAUAAGCAAGUGGAACAAUACAUGUCAUUCCAUAAGUUACCAGCUGAUAUGCGUCAGAAGAUACAUGAUUACUAUGAACACAGAUACCAAGGCAAAAUCUUUGAUGAGGAAAAUAUUCUCAAUGAACUCAAUGAUCCUCUGAGAGAGGAGAUAGUCAACUUCAACUGUCGGAAACUGGUGGCUACAAUGCCUUUAUUUGCUAAUGCGGAUCCUAAUUUUGUGACUGCCAUGCUGAGCAAGUUGAGAUUUGAGGUGUUUCAACCUGGAGAUUAUAUCAUACGAGAAGGAGCCGUGGGUAAAAAAAUGUAUUUCAUUCAACAUGGUGUUGCUGGUGUCAUUACAAAAUCCAGUAAAGAAAUGAAGCUGACAGAUGGCUCUUACUUUGGAGAGAUUUGCCUGCUGACCAAAGGACGUCGUACUGCCAGUGUUCGAGCUGAUACAUAUUGUCGUCUUUACUCACUUUCUGUGGACAAUUUCAACGAGGUCCUGGAGGAAUAUCCAAUGAUGAGGAGAGCCUUUGAGACAGUUGCCAUUGACCGACUAGAUCGAAUAGGAAAGAAAAAUUCAAUUCUUCUGCAAAAGUUCCAGAAGGAUCUGAACACUGGUGUUUUCAACAAUCAGGAGAACGAAAUCCUCAAGCAGAUUGUGAAACAUGACAGGGAGAUGGUGCAGGCAAUCGCUCCCAUCAAUUAUCCUCAAAUGACAACCCUGAAUUCCACAUCGUCAACUACGACCCCGACCUCCCGCAUGAGGACACAAUCUCCACCAGUGUACACAGCGACCAGCCUGUCUCACAGCAACCUGCAUUCCCCCAGUCCAAGCACACAGACCCCCCAGCCAUCAGCCAUCCUUUCACCCUGCUCCUACACAACCGCGGUCUGCAGCCCUCCUGUACAGAGCCCUCUGGCCGCUCGAACUUUCCACUAUGCCUCCCCCACCGCCUCCCAGCUGUCACUCAUGCAACAGCAGCCUCAGCAGCAGGUACAGCAGUCCCAGCCGCCGCAGACUCAGCCACAGCAGCCGUCCCCGCAGCCACAGACACCUGGCAGCUCCACGCCGAAAAACGAAGUGCACAAGAGCACGCAGGCGCUUCACAACACCAACCUGACCCGGGAAGUCAGGCCCCUCUCCGCCUCGCAGCCCUCGCUGCCCCAUGAGGUGUCCACUCUGAUUUCCAGACCUCAUCCCACUGUGGGCGAGUCCCUGGCCUCCAUCCCUCAACCCGUGACGGCGGUCCCCGGAACGGGCCUUCAGGCAGGGGGCAGGAGCACUGUCCCGCAGCGCGUCACCCUCUUCCGACAGAUGUCGUCGGGAGCCAUUCCCCCCAACCGAGGAGUCCCUCCAGCACCCCCUCCACCAGCAGCUGCUCUUCCGAGAGAGUCUUCCUCAGUCUUAAACACAGACCCAGACGCAGAAAAGCCACGAUUUGCUUCAAAUUUAUGAUCCCUGCUGAUUGUCAAAGCAGAAAGAAAUACUCUCAUAAACUGAGACUAUACUCAGAUCUUAUUUUAUUCUAUCUCCUGAUAGAUCCCUCUAGCCUACUAUGAAGAGAUAUUUUAGACAGCUCUGGCCUACACGUGAAAUGUAAAAUAUAUAUACAUAUACUAUAAAAUAUAUAUCUAAAUUCUCAAGAGAGGGUCAAAAGACCUGUUUAGCAUUCAGUGUUAUAUGUCUUCCUUUCUUUAAAUCAUUAGAGGAUUUAAAAUGUUGUUGUAAGAUUAUUUAUUUCUAACCUACUUUUACUUAAGUCCUUUGAUAUGUAUAUUUCUCUAUUUUAUGAAGAGUUCUUGGAUUCAAUGGAAACAAAACUGAUUUUAAAAAAGGCAACUCAAAUGAGCUAGCAAAUAGCACCAAUCAAAACUUUCUUUCAUUAGCUGUGACUGUGCAUCUAAAUUGUUAAUCAUUAAUCAUGAAGAAUUAAAUAACAAAUCCCAUUUUAUAGAUCUAAAUUGUAUUUCGGUGCUUUCAAUUUCGAAUUAGGUUAAAGACUGCACUACUUGCUUGGCCACUGUAGGAGACUAGCAUUGCCACUGUUAAGAAUAUCACUAACCUCCUACUUUGGAGGCUGAGGCAGGAGAAUGGCUUGAACCCAGGAGGCGGAGCUUGCAGUGAGCAGAGAUAGCGCCACUGCACUCGAGCCUGGGUGACAGAGCGAGACUCCGUCUCAAAAAAAAAAAAAAAAAAAAAAAAAGAAAAGAAAGAAAGAAAGAAAAAAGAAAAGAGUAUCACUAACCUCAAACAUGUUCAUUGAUCUUUCAGAAAACUGAGGGAAAAUUAAUAUUUGUCUUCAUGUGUUAUAGGACUUUUACCAAGACUCGAUCAAUGUUAGUUGUAAAUAACUUUUUCAACCCAAAUAAAAAUAGCUAUUCUGUGUUGUAUGAAGGUAAAAGUCAUUGUUUAAGAGUUUAGUUUUAUUGCUUCACUUCAAAACUUAGAGUUUUAAAUUUCACAAAAUCUGAUUGUGAGAAUUAUUCAAUUGUAAUGCAAUGGCUUGAAACCUACAAUAUUAUUUUAACCUGCAAUGUUUUAUGCAAAAUUGUAUGCUCGAAUCUACAACUUGCUUGUAUUACACCAAAAAUCAUUAUUUUUCUUUCUUCUUGCCAUAAUCAAGCAUCUGAAAAUAGUCCCUGCAUGCUUCUGGGGAAAAAAAAAAAAAAUAGGUUCAAAUCAGCCAUUGUAGGGAAAGGCUUACAGUAUUUCUCGUUUCUAGAAAAGCAUAACAAUUCAUUAAUUGCCUCUCUUAUAAUUCCUAUAAGGCUGACUUGGAUCUCUGACUUAAGUCUAGAAGUGAGGUUUUCACUUUUAUUUAAUAUUAUUGCUAUUAUUAUUUAAAUAAUUAUUUGUAAACCACAGCUUGAUUUGGAGUUAAGUAUUGUCUAUGUCUUCACUGUAGCUGGUAAUUUACUAUGGUGUUAAUUUAAAGAAAUAAAUUCAAUACAGCAUCACGUCUGUUUGGGAACACACAUUUUGCUCUAUGUAUAUUGUAACUAAAUGGUUAGUAAACUUUAAGGCAUGUGGUGACUAAUGUAGCCCUUAGAUAGGAGGUUUGUCAUUUUUAAUGUGUUGAAAAUAGUACAGACAUGGUGGCAGAAAGCAGGGGUAAAGUUGAAUGUCUGUGAGCAUUGUUUGUCUGUUUUCUUAACUCUUUCCAUGAUCUGUGAGCACCUGCUUCUUCUCAAAGAACUCCCUUAGUAAUCAUUUGUGCCUAAUGCAUCCCACACAUGUGGCGUAUGACUGGAACACAAUUGAAAGAUACCUAAUAACUGGCUUCUGUAAAUAACCCAAGUUAACAGCAUGACGUAAGUGUAGGUCUUCAGUAUCUCUGGCAUUGGCAAUACAUUUAAGAACAUACAGAGAUUACACAUUAUAUGGGGCAGGGCCUGCAGAUAGACUUGAGGACAGAAAACAAAAACAAAAGCAAAAACUCUAAAGUGAAUCCUUGCUGCCUGUUAUGCCUUUUGCAGAUAUAAUACCUAUAAUACCCAAAUGGGUUGUUAUGUUUAAUUUCAAACAAAUACCAAUUUGUGUGGAAGUAAUUAACAAUGCUAGUUAAUGUAAUGUAAUCAUCAGUAUGCUGGUGACAUAUGAUGGCAUGUCAGGAAUACUGUUGUAAGAAAGGGAUUGUUCAGUCUACCUAGAACCUAUGGGAAAGCUGCAAGACCAUUUACAUAUCAGUACAAAACUCCUUUAUUUUAUUAAAAUAUGAGAGUUAACUUCAAUUUAUUAAGAGUAUGUAUUGGUCCUUUAAAUUAUUAAAGGUUUACAUUUGAUAGGAUUAAUGGAUUUGGUAGUGAAAUAUUUUUAUAUAUAUAAAUUUUUGGUUUUUUAUUUUGAGCACUAUUGGGAAAAAUAAGCAAAAUUGAAAUGCAUGGUCUUUCAGUGCAACCAUAAAAUUUUUAUUCACUUUGUAAUAGAAUGGACAAAAAAAAUAAGGUUUAUAUGUUAAACUAAUAAAAUGGUACAGGGUAAAUUAUAUACAUAUAUGUAUGAAUGUAUAUAUACUUAGAUUAAGAAAAAAAAUGACUCACAUUCCUGUAAUAUAAAGGUCCAUUGCUAGUUGAAAAGUGACCUCUUUUCUCUGUACAUAGUGAAGCCUGUACGUAUGGAGUUUUAAUCUGUACAGAAAGAAAUGUAUUAUUGAUUGGUCUUUCUCCUGCUGGGAAGAUAAUAGAAUAGCUUAUUCUUACAACAAUUGUAUGAUCAGGGAUGAGUUAGAGUAUUUCUUUUGUCUUUGCUCAAAGCCAUACAUAUAUAAAUAUAUAUAAAGAUUAUUAAUAAAUUCAACAAAAAAUAAACUACAAUCAUGAAUAUUUUAUUUUAUCAAUAUAUGCUAAUCAAAUGUUUUAUUUUAUUAACGAGUACAGCUUUGCCUCUAUUUUUACAUCACAAAAUUUCCAAGAGCUUAUACUUGAUAAUCACAUAAAGUCAAUUAUAUUCUAUAAUUCUGGAAUAAGAGGACUUUAAAUGGAACAUGGAUUUUUCAACCACUUCUCUGUUUCACCCUUUCCGUAUAGUAAAAUAUGAGCUUAUUUUCUUUUUCACUCUGUGCCUUUUUAGAAUGUGGUUGUUCUCCAACUUCAAAACACAGCCAUUUUAUGUAAUUAUUGGAUAUACAGAUGAGAAAUAAUUUUCCUGUAAUAGUAAAUAAUUGUCCUGUAAUAUAUUUAUACAAACCUAUUUUGUUAUAAUAGUUCUAUAACAUACCAAUUUUGUUAUAAUAGUUUUAUAACAUACCUAUUUUGUUAUAAUAGGGCCUUGGGCUCUAUUAUAACAAAACAGGUUUGUAUAAAUAUAUUCGUAUUUAUAGCCUUAAACAAAAUAGGUUUGUAUAGUACGCCCAAAGCCCCAUUAUAACAAAAUAGGUUUGUACAAAUAUAUUCAUAUUUAUAGCCUUGGGCCCUGCAAAGGUAUUUGGAUAGUGAUAGAACCUCUCCAUACAACUGUGUUUUAAAUGAUACCUAAAAUCCUGAGAUACAGUUUAUCAUAAUGAGAAUAAGUAGUGAAGCAUUCCUGAAAACAAGGAUGAUAAAUAGUAGCGAUGGCAAUAUAUUCUAUUCACCAAAAAAAAUAGCUUGUCUCCAAGUCUGGUUGACCUCUUCAUAAGUGAAUGAUUCCCUGAUGAAUGCUGUUCCACUUUAAAGAGAUGGUUAUUUUGCGAUUUAUAAACUUAAAUGCAUAUACUAUUUUCAGGACACUACAAAGUACAUAGGCAAGUUAUUACCAUCAUUCCUACAGGACAUGGAAUGAUUUAAACAAUAUGGCAUGUUUACAAUUUUUGGAGAUUUAUUUCAAAUCCUGAAUUAUGUGUACUUCAAAUUAUGAGCAAUCUCUAUUAUCUUUCAAGACUAUUUAAAAAAUCUCCAUACCUCCUCUUUCAGCUUAGGUUUUUAUAUUUGUUGAUUUUACUAUGUCACUUUGCUUCUAUGACCCUCAUUUGCACCGUUUAUAAUGUUAAGCUGUUUGAAUGAGAUAUCUCUCCAUUAUAUCUUUAUCUUUUUAGAACAUGUGCCAUAAAACCCAUGUGGUUAUUUUGUUCAUAUGUACUACAACUAGUAAACUUUUAUUAUAUGUUCACCUACUUUAAAAAUUACUUAUACUGUACCAUGGGAAAGAAACAUGGUCCUUAUAGAAUUGAAUGCUGAGCUAUUUUGAGUCCUGAAAAGAAUGGCCAAAAAUUUAAGGAACUGUGAUUGCUGCAUGCACCAAAUUGUAGCACAUUUCUAUAACUGUAUUCAAUAUGGUUAUUUUCAAGGGAAACUAGGAUAGAAAUUUUCUUUGAAAGAUUUGCUGUUGUACUUAGGUAAGUAUAUCUGCUUUUACCACUCAAAAACAAUUACUUUCUUAAACAAUUUCAAUUUUUUCCUUUUUAACAACCCUGCACUUGCACAACGCUGCCUCUCUUGCCUCACCCUAAUCCUGACCCUGCUUUCAAUUCAGGCUUUGACAGGGACCAAUGGAGAUUUUAAGGUUUUUUAAUGAGAGAAGCCUUGCUGGCAUUCCCCCCGUCCCACCUUGAAAAUUGCUUAAAGAUGAUCUUAAAAGAACCUACAGAUAAUGCUCUGAAUUUGUUUCCAAGGUCCUUGAUGUGGAGAGAAUGAGUUAUAUUAAAUGCUGGAGAAAGAAUUAUCAUUUAGUGAAAAAUUAAACAUGCUUUUCUAAAAUGUGGAUGUUUAACAGAGCACAGCUGAUUGGGAACACGGGCAGUUCAGUGCAGCUAGAGUGUCUCACAGGGUGAAGAGGAACCCAGAUCAAGUGGGGAAUAGGGAUUUCAAAAACCUUCUAAAAGGCUUUUAACAUCAGGGCAAAAGUUUUACAGUGUUAUACUUUAUAUUCUUAAUUUAAACUUAUCAGCGGGAAGGAUUCACAUUGAAAUGUCUGUUUUGCUCAUAAAAUAAUUUAUUUUAUUAAUUAAAAUAAUAAGAGCAAAAACUGGCGGCUAUUUGCAAUCUCACCCUGCCUUGUGAGGAUGCUGGGUCUUAAGGAAGGUCCUAGGAUUACUAAAUAGAGUAAUGGGAAUAGGAAACUGAAAGUUUACUUGCUUUGCAUAAGAUAAGGAAUAUAUUGCAGCAGGGAAUGGGUACAAGAAGAUAAGAGCUAGAAGAACCUGUGAGAAGGGAAAGAAGUAACAAACUAAUUUUGGCUAAAAUAAAGCAAUUUCUCAGGUCAGGCGUGGUGGCUCAUGCCUGUAAUCCCAACACUUUGGGAGGCCAAAGUGGGAGGAAUGCUUGAGGCCAGUAAUUGGAGACCAACCAGAGCAGUAGGUCAAGACCUGGUCUCUACAAAAAAAAAAAAAAAAAAAAAAAAAAAUUUAAUUGACCAGUAUAUACCUAUCUACCUGCAGUGUUUAGAAAGCCUGACUACAGGUGUUGUACUCCUGUAGUCCUAGUUACUCAGAAAGUUAAGGCAGGAGGAGCACUUGAACUCAGGAGGUCAAGAUUGCAGUGAGCCUUGUUUAUGCUGCUGCACUCCAGCUAGGGGGACAGAGCAAGACCCUUUCUCAAAAAAAAAAAAAAACAAACAAAAAAGUGAAGCAAGUUCUUUAAUUUCUAUUGGCGAUAUCACA